AUGCUCACCUCCUCCAACGACGCCAAAGACUCUGUCUGGUCUGCCAAAUACAACCUUUUAUCCGCUUGCAAUGCAGCUGAGUCAACAGCUUCCCUCGCAGCCUCCUUCCCGCACUUUCUCGCCUCCACCACCAACGCGCAGCUCGCCCAAUCCGUCACCUCCACCGUCCACGGCGCGGCUCGAGUCUUUGACCUAUCUAUGAUCGCCAUCGAAAAAGUCCUCUCCUACAUCGUCAAUUUGUACAAGUCGCUCUUCACGUGCUUCAUGGAGCUCCUCGUACGCGGAGCGCUAGCGGUGGUAAUCGAAGCGGUGCAGUUGAUCUCUCAAGCCAUCACUGCUGCGGCGCAAGGCAUUCGUGCAGCGAUCCAGGACUCCAUUUCGGGUGUCAACACGAUUCUGACGACUGCGGUAGGCGGCAUCAACGAUGUUGUUGGGGUCUUUGGUCAACAUGUCAACGUCCCACACAUCGCCGUACCCAAUUUGACUGCGUUGAACAAUAUCACGCUACCACACGAGAUUCAGGAUGGUCUGCUCAAGCUCAAUGCCACACUGCCAACUCUGCAGCAACUCAAACAGACGAUGGAUGCGUUGAUCGAGACGCCUUUCGAAGAGAUGAGAAGGGAGGUGAACACGACCUUGGCCAGUUUUCAGUUCAACCAUACCGUCUUCCCUCUGCCACAGAAGCAGAACGUCACUUUUUGCGAUCGUAUCGAUACCAGUCCCUUGGAUGAGCUGGGUGAUGCUUUGCGAGGGGUAGCCAAGUGGGGGUUGGUAAUGUUACUGCUCGUAGCGAUGGUGGUCAUGCUGAUCGGCGCAGGCUGGGAGUGGUGGAAGUGGCAGAGGGAGCUCAAAGCUGUCGAAAUGACGCGAAGUGUCUGGCUAGCCCAGCAUCAAGAUCCUGGCUCUGCACGCGACAGCAAGGACAACCAAGAUAUCCUCAAAACCGAAAACCUCAUGUCACUCCUGACCAUCUCUCGACAUCCACUCAUCUCGCACUUUCGCUCAUAUUUUGCCAACGAGUCGGCAUCCGCACACCUCCAGAUCCUCCUCAUUCAACGCCUCACUCAUCACUACACCUCAUCCAUCGAUACCUCGCUCACCAACCUCUCUUCUUCCGUCAUCGACCUGGUCAACGAUCACAUGCGAAACGCCUCCUUCGCCUACUCCAACUCUGCCAACACCGUCAUCCUCCAAGUGCAAUCCGAACUCAACAACCAUGUUUUUUCGUGGGUAAAUACAACCACUUUUACCAUGAACGCUACCCUCAACCAGUUCGUCGACGGUAUCACAGACACCCUGACGACCACCUUCGGAGGAACACCUUUCAAUGCGCCCCUGCAGACGUUUGUACAGUGCAUGUUGGGUCAAAAGGUGGCUGGGAUCGAAAAAACGUUGACGUGGAUCCAUGAUAACGCGCAUGUGGAUUUCGAUAUGGUGCCGGCAGAUGUGUUGAUGUUGAAGGAGGACCAGCAGGAGGCGGUGUUGAGACCGGUCAGGCAGGCAAUGCUUGGUGAUGGUGGAGGUGGGGGGAGCGGGGUGGUGGGGAAAGUGAUGGAGAAGUAUGAGAAGCAUUUGAGGCAGGAGAUGGUGAUGUUUGGAGCGCUGGUUGGGGUUUACGCGGUGCUGCUUUUGAUCGGUGUGCUGGUCGUGUUGUACGCUAUGGCGGUGGAGAGGAGUCAGCAGGAUGGCGAUGGUAAGGACGAGCAAGUUGGUCAUCAAGGACAGGAGAAAGAGCUCAGAGACGGUCUUCAAGCCGGUCCUUCGACGACGGUGUUACGGUGGUGGUCUGGCUGGCCAAAGCCAAGCUUCAGUCGUUUCAAAGGGCCUUCUCGUACUCCUGAAAACGCAUUCGGCUCAAUUGACAAGUCCGAAGAGAUUCACAGUGCCAACCGCCGUGCAUCGAUACCUCACUCCAACCACUCUGCUCGCACUCACAUCACCAAAGACAGCAUCUCCUAUCCUUUCCAGAUCCACCACUCGCUCACCACCGACCCACCCAAUCGUCCACGCCAACCCACUCCGCUUCGGGAAGCGACCUCUUCAGACCCAUACACCGUCUUGUCUCCGAAUAACGCAGCUCCGCCUCAAGCAGUUCCGACGACUAACGAGCACAGCUCGUGGCUCUCCUUCCUAGCUUCACACGUCGACGACAAGUCUUCGAAUAUCGCGAAAGCGAAUCCAGUCGAGGAGGGAAAAGUCUCAGAAAGAGGAGAAGAUCGGUUCCAGCGCUUAUUCGGCUGUUCACCGGUGACUUCGCCUACAGCACCUAACUUCGGGCAUCAUCUCUCUGCGCCAAAUGUCUCAAUGCAUAGGGGCAAAGAGGAGAGAUUCAGGGAGACACUCGAUCUGAGACCGAUGCAAGAUUGGAUGCGGUCGAAAAGUCCAAUUCCACCGACCUCAGCAGGAACCAAGCAAGAUAGAUGCACGGAUGACAGGGCUUCAGACAUCGAGCUGACACGCUCUGGUCACCCUCAAGUGGCUCACGCUACAGAUGUAGCGGAGAGCAGCUAUGCCUUUGCCAAUGCUUCGGUGCUUCCAUCUCGACCGUCCCCGCAGAAGAGGGCGGGCUCGCCACAAUCGAUUUCCUUCUAUGCUUGGUAG